GGACAGCAAGCCAAAAAGCUGGCAUAUGAGCGCAUGGAUGCUCUAGAGAAAGCCUUGAGUACGCCAGAGGUCUCCAGGCCACUUAGCUGGGGCGUUGCUUGCGCAAGCGCAGCCACAAUCCAUGCGUAUGCCUCGUUAUUUGCAGCUGUGCCGAGACCCAAGACUCGCGUGCUGCGGAGCCUCGACGUCGGUUUCGUAAUCUUUGCGAUCAGCAGCACGCUCGCGUACUACAACCAGCCGCGACCGGACGAGUAAAUGGGCCCGGCCCACCGCCGCGCGGACUCGCGCCGCUCGGCGCGCAAGAAUAGCGGGUACACGCCCUGGCACCUGCUCCCGGCCGCGGCGCGCGAGGCGAAGAGGAAGCGGCCCUCGCGGACGCCCGCCAAGAAGCGCAGGGCGCCGCCCGCGCCCGCACGAAGCCCGUCGCCGACGCGACGACAGCCACUGCAUCCCGUCGUCGCGCUGCUCGCCGCGCUCGCCGGCGCGGCGCUGCUGCUCGACGCUGCUCGCCGCGUGCUGCUGCUCGUCGGCGUGUCAGCGGCGGCACCCGCGCAGAGGUCUCCCUGCAACCGCAUCUGCCGGCGCAAUCCGUCCUUUAUGGAUGGAACGGUGUGUAUCGGGUGUUUUCUCGCCGACGACGAGGUGCGCGGGUGGUCGAGUUUUAAUGCGCGCGAACGAGGAUGGGCGCUUGCUGAUGCGGCGGAGCGGCGUUCCGAGUGGGAGCAAUACACUGGCGUGACGGCGAGCGACGCGGAGGACGACUACGGUGGCUUUGAUGCGACCACUGACGGCGCCGAUGCGACUGAUGCCUACGGCGGCUUCGAGCAAACAGACGCGGUGCCGCGGCCAUGGACCGUGUUAUUGGACCGGGACGGUGUGCUCAACAAAGACGUGGGCAGCCCGGGAGUCGUGCGCGCGGAACAAUUCGAAUUGCUGCCAGGAGUCUCAGACGCCGUUCGUGCCCUCAAAGAGGACGGGCACGCGUGUGUGGUGGUCACGAAUCAGAACGCGAGGAAAAAAGGCCUAUUGUCGGCAAAGACGCUCGACAAGCUACACGCGUCGCUCCGGAGGGAGGUCCCUGUUGACGACAUAUUUGUCGCGACGGGCCUUGACGGACCGGCGCUGAAGCCGGCGCCGGAUCUUUUGAAUCUCGCCCUGGGAGAUGCCGACCGCGACCGCGCCGUCCUGGUGGGAGAUGCAAGGACUGAUAUGAUCGCCGCGUGCCGAGCCGGCAUUCUCGCCGUGCUCGUGACGUCGUCGCAUCACGGCGUCGCCUGCGCAGCGGAGCUCGCAGAAGCGCCGACGCCGGCCGUGAUCGACGGCGGCGCGCCGGGCGGCCUGCUCCGCGAGGGCGCAUCCGUAGCGGCAGUCUUCCCGGCCCUGCCGCAGGCGCUCGCGGCGAUCCGGGCGCACGCUUCUUCUUUGACAUAAAUGUGUAGUUAGUA